AUAUUUAGUGCUGACUAAAUUUAUUUUGAAAAUAGUAAAAUAUAAAGAAGAUUUUCUUGGAAGGGGUUUGAUUCUCUCGAUCUUUGACCGGAACCGAACCGUCUUACACGCUGAUUACUCUCCGAUAAGUUCCCAUUCGAGCAUGUAUAGUCCGCAGAUCCCGUUCGAGAUUCCGAAUCCCACGGAUUUCAUCUACUUCCUCUAUUUAUAGUUGCGGAUCCGUCCACCCCUCCCCCCGUUCCGUUACUGUGCCCGUUUAAACUCCGGGAGAAGUCGAACGAAUUGCGUUCUCCAAGAGAAUUAGCAAUGGCUUCUGUUGGGAAGUCGACGAACAUCUUCUGGCAAGAAUGCCCGGUCGGGAAGCUCGAUAGGCAGAAGUUGCUGAACCAAAAAGGUUGUGUUGUUUGGAUCACGGGUCUCAGCGGUUCAGGGAAAAGCACCUUGGCAUGUACAUUGGGUCGAGAGUUGCACUCUAGAGGAAAGCUUUCUUACAUCCUUGAUGGUGACAACCUUAGGCAUGGAUUAAACAAGAACCUUGGAUUUACACCUGAAGAUCGUGCAGAAAAUAUACGCAGGGUUGGUGAAGUGGCAAAGCUCUUCGCUGAUGCGGGUUUAAUCUGUAUUGCAAGUUUGAUCUCUCCCUAUAGGAGAGACCGAGACUCUUGUCGUGCAUUAUUGCCAGAUGCUAGUUUUAUUGAAGUUUUCAUGAAUAUGCCUUUAGAACUGUGUGAGGCAAGGGAUCCUAAAGGUCUUUACAAGCUUGCUCGUGCAGGAAAGAUAAAAGGUUUUACUGGAAUAGAUGAUCCAUAUGAGCCACCUUUAAAUUGUGAGAUAGAGAUAAAACAAGAAAAUGGAUUUUGCCCUCCUCCCUCUGACAUGGCAGGAGAAGUUGUAACUUAUUUAGAGGAGAAAGGGUUUAUGCAAGAGUAGCAAAGAUAUGCGUAGACUUCAUUGCUGAUCUGCUAACUUGCAUUAUCUUGCAGUCCUUGGAGAUUAUUCUUUGUAAUUGUGGUACCAUGAACAUGAAACUAUUCCCCCCAUUUUGAUCUAUCAUAAUAAUAUCUUUUAGUUCAUUGGUGAAAAGAA